GCAACCCAAACACACUAAAAACGAAGUGCUAGCUAAGACAACGAAGUAACGUCUCCGAUACUCAUUACAUUUAACAGCUAACUGCUCAAUGUAACCUUAGUCUAAUGUAGAACUGAAAACCGUUGAGUUGAUGGAAUUGACCGAAGUAAUUAAAGCAACUAAAGAAAACUUAGCUAAUAAGCUCUUAUUAGCUCAACUUAAUGGCUUCAGAUGCUACUUGCCUAAUGCAGGAGGACAUGAACCAAACUUUAUAUCCUCGCAUCUAUGUGGAAAAAACUCUGGCCCUCAUCAAACCAGAUGCCAUCCACAAAGCAGAGGAGAUUGAGGACAUUAUUCUGAAAUCAGGCUUCAUCAUCUUGCAGAAGCAGAAACUGCAGCUAAGUCCAGGGCAAUGCUGCGACUUCUACGCAGACCUGUAUGGAAUGCCCCUCUUUCCCAGCUUGACUGCCUUCAUGAGCUCUGGCCCCAUCAUCGCCAUGACUCUGGCCCGUGACAACGCCAUCGCCCACUGGAAGUCCAUCAUAGGCCCUGUCAACAGCACCAAGGCCAGAGAAACUCAUCCAGGGUGCCUUAGAGCAAAAUAUGGCUCUUCUGAGCUUAAGAACGCACUCCAUGGCAGCAUGUCAUUUCAUGCUGCUGAAAAGGAGAUCAAAUUCAUGUUCCCAAACUCCUUGAUUGAGCCCUUUCCCACAAGGGAAGACACCGAAGAGUACCUGAACAGGCAUGUAACCCCAACUCUGGUGCAUGGACUCACUGAGCUCUGCAAGAGCAAGCCCCUCAACCCCUGUAUUUGGCUUGCUGAUUGGCUGAUUAACAAUGAUCCAAACCAGCCUCAAAUAUGUGAUGGAGCCAUUGUGGAAAAAAAAGAAUGUCAAGAAAUACAUGAUUAAUAAUCUAAUGAAUCAAUUUAGUAAAAUAUAUGACGUGUUUUUUUCAGUGCUAGUCAUUUUGUUUGCUGUCCAGGUGAAGUUGGCCAAUCAGUAAAUUAUUUGUUCUACCUUGAAUGCUGCUUCGAAGGGUGUUGAUUCAUGACUCAAGCCAAAGUUCAGCAGUUUAACAUGAGGAAAACAGGUCUUAAUCGUUCAGUAAAACAAAUAUAGAUAGUGGGUCGAAAAUUGCUCAUAUGAUUUUAUUAGCACUCACAAAGUGGGGAUCAAACACAUCCUUUCUUUGUCGAAGUAGUACAGCUUAUUAAAUAACCUACAUGGGAAUAAAGUUGUUGAGUAAAUAAGCCGUUGAGUGAACUAAGUAAC